AUGGCUGUACCUCAGAAAGGAGAUCUGUCAACAUCUGAGAGGAAGAUCCUGCAAGUUAUUGCUGCUGGUGAUGUACAGGAGGUUGCCCAGCUGCUUGCCAGCAAAGACGUACGAGUCAACUGUUUGGAUGAGUGUGGCAUGACUCCACUGAUGCACGCAGCCUAUAAGGGCAAGGCAGAUAUGUGUCGUUUGCUGCUGCAGCAUGGAGCCAAUGUCAACUGCAACCAACAUGAAUAUGGAUACACUGCUCUCAUGUUUGCUGGCUUAUCAGGCAAGACAGACAUCACCUCUAUGAUGCUGGACGCAGGAGCAGAGAUAGACCUGGUAAAUUCUGUGGGUCGCACAGCUGCUCAGAUGGCAGCAUUUGUCGGCCAGCAUGACUGUGUAACAGUGAUCAACAACUUCUUCUCACGGGCAAGGCUGGAGUACUACACCAGACCACAGGGGCUGGAGAGAGAACCAAAGUUGCCCUCCAGGCUGGCAGCACCCCUACACAAGAUAAUCAUGACCACCAACCUUAACCCGGUCAAGAUAGUCAUGUUGGUGAAGGAGAACCCUGUGCUGGUUGAUGUGGUGGCUCUGGACAAGUGUUACCGGGUAAUGGACCUGCUGUGUGAGCAGUGUGUGAAGCAACAAGAUAUGAAUGAGGUCCUGGCCAUGAAGAUGCACUACAUCAGCUGUGUGCUGCAGAAAUGCUUGGCCUUCCUACAGAAACAAGAUGACAAGCUGGACGCACUUGUCAAGAGCCUGUUGAGGGGGAGAGACAGUGAUGGCUUCCCACAGUACCAGGAGAAGUUUAUCCGGGAUUGCAUCAAGAAGUUUCCUUACUGUGAGGCCACACUCCUUCAGCAGCUGGUGAGGGGCAUUGUACUGGUAGAGAUUGGCAAAGACCCAACAGCAUUAUCAGUGUUGACCCAGGCCCUGACAGGCCAGAUGGCCUUUGCAGAUGCUGACUACUGUGCUACUUGUGGUGAUAGAGGAGCAGACAAGAGGUGCCCCCUUUGUAAAACAGUGACUUACUGCAGCUUGACAUGCCAAAAACUCCACUGGUUCACCCAUAAAAGGAUGUGCAGCGCCCUGCAGGAGCAGGAUGCUGACCUGGAGAAAGACACUCCAAGGCUGAAAGAACUGAAAGAUGAUGACAGUGACCUAGUGAUGGAGACGGCCAACUUCCUGCAGGAGCUGUGUCUGCGGGCAGAGGAAAAGGUGGCAGCUGCUGGAGCCUGCCCUACAGAGCUUCUGGCUUGUCCCUCCAUGUCUCCUGAGGGACUUUUCUGCUCUCAAGAUUGA